CCCAAAGAAAGUCUUCUCAGGGUCAUAUCCCUUUGUCAUUGGGGAAACCUACAUGAGUUUUUCAGGGUGACUUUCAUGCAGAAUGGCUGCAGCAACCAGCAGAUAUGAUGGGCUCCUAACCCAAUGAAGAGAGUUUCUCCAGCCCUGGUGAAACCUCAGUUGUCAGAAUGGCCUUCAACUGCAUCAAUAGGCUUCUUUCCAGGAACAUCAAGUCUGUGUCCGUCCCUGAUGAAGAUACCGAGUUUCAUCAGUAAAAAUUAUUUUGAUUUUGUCCAAAUUGUAUUAUUAUUAUUUAAUACAACAUCCGGAGAAACAAUAAGUGAUACAGUUUCAGUGCAAUGACUUUGAGCAGUCUGGGGUAUCAUAGUUAAACCACACAUGUUGGUUUGGAGGUCCAUUUCGUACCUUAAGUAGUAUUUGGUUUGUCAGUUUUAAUUAAUUUAAUUGCUAAUUUGAAUUACGUGGGUUCGGUUUCGCUUGAAAAUAAAUAUGGCGUGCGGCCUGGAAAUCUCUGACUCACACAGAGCAAGCAAUUGUUAUGCAGGACUUAGCACAGCACUUCCUUCCUGGGAGGGGCACCGAACAUUUCACGCGCAGACUUUAGUGUUUGUCCUCUGCAGAACAGGGAAGGUGGUAGUCACGGAACGAUAGAUCUGCAGUGUUCCAGGACAUCAGACCGCCAAUAAUAUAGAGAAUAUGUCCAAGUUCAAAGUGACUGGCAAACAAAAUCAGCAACAUCUGCUGAAAUAUCUGGAAGACGGAGAUUUUGGUGCCUUUAUUAACUUGCUGAAAGGUAAGGACAAAAACGACAUUAACCUAAACCACGAGUACAGCGAUCCUUACUACAAGACCUGCCUGGCUAUAGCUUGCCAGAAGGGAAUGGUUGAAUUUGUUGAAGUUUUACUGGCCAAUAACGCAGAUUCCAACCUGAUAUGUAAAAGUUACGAUGGAAAUGCUCCGAUACAUUUUGCAGCUGAGAACGGACAGAUUCACGUAAUCAAACGUUUGGUCCAGCACCCUGACACUAAUAUAAGUGCUAUAAACCGAAAAGGAGAAACUGCUUUGCACCUUUCCGCUCGGAGCCUCGGAAAGAACGACAAAGCUGAAGAAUGUUUUUCGUACCUUGCCAGUAUUCCGGGCAUGAGCGCGAGCCACAGAAGUGCAAACGACCGGUCUGCGAUCUCCGACGCAGUUGGCAAAUGCAGUGGAGGCACACUUCAGAAAGUCCUCCAGCGUCGCGACCUCAGACCGGAAGACAGGAAUCUGAUCUUACACAACCACCCGGAACUGAAAGAUGAGGUCCCUGAGAGUGCCGAACACACAUACGCACAUGAUGACGCUUACAUGGACCUCAGAAAUGGAAAUGUUGAUACAUUCAGACAUAAUUUCAAGGAAGAAUUCGUAAACAGAACAGAUCUGAUACAAAUGACGUUCCUACAACUGGCUUGCAAACAAGGUCUUCUUGAUAUUGUUGAACUUCUGCUCAACAGUGGAGCGGAUGUAAAUAAAACCGGAACACAUGAGAGCAAGCCACCAGUAUAUAUCGCCUGUUAUUACGGCCACUAUGACAUCCUCAGGUGUCUAUAUAAUACAAGAGACGUAAAAACAGAGCUGAUAGAAGGGAAGACUCUCCUUCACGAAGUUCUUCGGGGGUUCAGCGCUAAAAGAGAGGCUCGGGACAGCUACCGCGAUUGCUUCAAUUUUUUGCUGCAAGAACAAGAAACGUUUAACAUUCCUAUCAAUCACGGCGAUAGCUUUGGUCAUACAGCACUCCACUACGCUGUUCAGGAAGACAAUGAUCAAUUUGCUAAGGCACUACUCGCGCAUGGGGCCUAUAUAGGAUCCCUGAACGAUUUCGACGUCUGUCCUUUGGAUGACAUCGACCCCGAAACACUGGAAAAGGCUUUGGAUGACUGUGUGGAGUGUACCAAAGAAGAAAAUGACAACGAAUACACUCUGAGAUUUAAUUUCAGAAUCUUGAAUCCCGCUCUGGGACGUGACAGCGAGCGACCGAAAGAUGAAGAAUCUGGAGAAUGGCGUAAAGAAAUGUUGCCUGAGAUGUUUCCCUUGUACUUCAUCAGCCAAUCAAACAAAUUUCGACAUCUGCUCAAACACCCCGUCCUACUAAUGUUCUUGCAUAUGAAAUGGAGCCGUAUCAGCAUAAUAUUCUACUUAAAUAUGAUUUAUUACAUCAUAUUUGUUGUUUUUUUAACAUCAGAAAUUCUCUCCGACUCCAACAUGUGUGGCAAAUGCGGUCAGAAUUUUGAAUGUGACGAAAGUGGAGUGAGAGUUAUCCGGGCUCUUCUAUUCUUUCUGUAUGUGGUACUCGUCUUCAGAGAGCUUAUGCAAUUCUGCAUGUCACCGGAGAAGAGUAGUUAUUUCUACAAUUUGGAAAACUGGCUUGAAAUAGGCAUUAUAACGACCACUCUUCUUAUUCUGAUCGGCAGCUGUUCCAAAAUACUAACCGCAGUGGCUCUGCUCCUAGCAUGGACAGAGGUAAUCCUGCAGUUCGGCUGCAUUUACACUCUGGCAAUCUAUAAUGAGAUGCUGAAGAGGGUCACAGUUAACUACAUGAAGUUUCUUCUCUGGUACUCCCCUCUCAUCAUUGCCUUCACCUUCAGCUUCUACAAGGUGUACCACAAUGAAGCGUCUUCCGAAGACAAAGGCGCUAACUAUUCAGCCCGUAACCUCAGUGCCUCCGUGCAAGACAACGGCGUCGACUUCUACAGCAACUUACCAAUGUCUCUGCUCAAGACGGUCGUGAUGAUGACAGGAGAAUUCGACGCUUCCGGCAUGACGUUCGACCACGGGGGGUACUUCGUGUUCCUGUUCUUUGUCUUCAUGAUGACAAUCGUUUUGAUCAACCUGCUGAAUGGCCUGGCUGUCAGCGACACGCAGGCCAUCAAGAACGACGCUGAACUCGUUGCUUACAAGUCCAGAGCGAAGCUGGUGCACCAGUUCGAGAUCGUGGCGUUCGGUGGUCCCAUACACAACCGUUACGAUUACGAACUGAUUGGCCAAUCGCGAUCCUUAUGUUGUGCUUGGCAACACAAAUUGCUGAGGACAAUCAGCUUAUUUCCUAACGUACUAGCAGGUGGUUCUCUGGACAUCACUGUCAAUCGAGGAACACGGUAUACCAACAGAAAUCUGAAGAGGAAAGACGUGGAAUUUAGGCCAGACACAUGUUUUACAAUUGGUAAGUGCAGGAUUGGGUUCAACCUCGAUAGGAAAGUUAUAGAAGCAGCUAAGGACAUUGUCGACAGAAGAACGAAAGAAUCCAAACAUGUUAUGAAGAGAAUAGCUAAAAUAGAAGAUGAUGUGCAGGGUUGUAAGAGACAGCUAGAGACUUUGGAGAAAUUAUUAAGACAAUUGAUAAACAUCAGUCGAGAAAAAUAAACUUUGUGGACGACUACAAUUAGCAAAAUACACUUAGAAAAUCCCUCUCAGGUUAAUUACAAUAGAGAUCCUGUUAAUUCUAAUUCAGAGUUUUUCCCAGCCCAUUGUGCCUUAGUGACUAUAAAUAUUGUAAUAUAUAGAAAUACUACACAAAAUCCUUUACAAUUAAUGUGUUCAGAAUGACAAUAAAAAUCUGGUGUCUCAAUGGAACAAAGAGAUAUGCCGGCAAUGUAGCAAAUUACAUAAUAAAGGUGCCUUGGAACUUA